AUGCAGCCCCGAUUGCCUAAUCGGGCCAUGAUCGACAAGGCGGAUCACUUCACCCGCUAUGGCGGAGCUACCUCUCAACUCCCCAAGCUGGAAGUAGAUGACCUCCAACAUGCAGGCCCUCCUCCCCUUCCCUGUGGUGGCUACAACGCACCGCUGCCGCUGGCCGAUCGGCCCUGGUACGACCCGCGCGGAUGGUCGCUACGGAACAGGCUGAUUGCAGUGGUUGUGAUUGUCCUGGUAAUCAUAGCUGUUAUUGUGGGAGCGGUCGAAGGCACGAAAGCAAACCGAUAUCCGGAUUACAUGCCACUUAAUUACCAGCUAGUCGAUACGUACUCUGGAACGUCAUUUCUCGAUCGAUUCAAUUACUUUUCUGACGAGGACCCGACCUCCGGGUUUGUGCAAUACGUUGAUCAGACGACAGCAAGGAAUCUCAAUUUGACACAUGCCACGGAUGUGUCCGCGGUGCUCAAGGUGGAUACAUCCAACAAAUUUGCAGCAAACGGUCGCCAGUCUGUACGACUGGAAUCAAAGGCUACCUACGACCGCGGGCUUUUUAUUUUCGAUAUUCUCCAUACUCCGUAUGGCUGUGGUACGUGGCCAGCGCUGUGGCUGACCGAUCCCUACAACUGGCCAGCAAACGGCGAGAUCGAUGUGAUGGAGACCAACAACAAGGCCACGGAGGGAAACGCCGUGACGUUGCAUACCAACGGUGGCUGCAACAUGAAAGUCAAGCGGAAGCAGACAGGCAGUACAGUGUCCACCACCUGCGAUAACAGCACUCACAGCAACGCUGGCUGUGGGGUUCUAGGCGAACCAGAGACUGCUGGCGAGGCAUUUAAUGAAAAUGGUGGAGGAAUCUAUGUAUUGGAGUUGCGACACGCUGGCAUCCGAGCCUGGUUUUUCCCCCGCGACUCUCUCCCUGGGGAUAUCUCCAAUUCCAGCAGCAGUCCAGACCCGUCGACAUGGGGCACCACGCUGGCCGACUUCCCAAACACCGACUGCGAUAUUUCUUCCCAUUUUAGGAACCAGAGCAUCGUUGCAAACAUCGAUCUGUGUGGGGAGCUUGGUGCCCAGCCGCAGUUCUAUACAGAGCAGUAUCAUUGUCCGGGAAGUUGUAGUGAUUUUGUAGCCCACAAUCCUGAGAACUUUACGCAGGCUUACUGGGAGUUCAAAAGUUUUAAGGUCUAUCAGGCUAUGUAG